AUGCUCAGGAUAGUUUGGGAUGCUCCUCAGCAGUUGCUAAAGGAGAGGAGAGAGUCCCGGAAGCUGGUACUGGUGGUGGUGUUUGUUGCUCUGCUCCUGGACAACAUGCUACUUACUGUAGUGGUGCCCAUUGUACCCAACUUCCUAUAUGCCACAGAGUUCAAAGAAAUCAACACUCCUCUGCACCUUGGCACCACCACAGUUUCCCAGCAUGUCCUUACUCCUCGUGCCUUUUCCACAAUCUUCUCCUUCUUUGGAAAUGACACCAUGGCUAUUAAAGAAAGUGCAACCAGUGGCACAGCAUGGACAGAUCGCACUUCUGGUACCAUCCCUCCUCUAGUCACUGAAGCCAUCCCAGCACAACAAAACAACUGCUUGCAAGGCACAGAGUUUUUGGAGGAAGAGAACAUACGGGUUGGGGUUCUGUUUGCUUCAAAGGCUCUGAUGCAACUUCUGGUCAACCCAUUCGUGGGACCUUUCAUCAACAGGAUUGGAUAUCACAUCCCCAUGUUUGUUGGCUUUGUUAUCCUGUUUCUCUCCACAGUUAUGUUUGCUUUUUCUGGUACCUAUACCCUACUUUUUGUGGCUCGAACCCUUCAAGGCAUUGGAUCCUCAUUUUCUUCUGUUGCAGGUCUUGGGAUGCUGGCAAGUGUCUACACUGAUGACUAUGAGAGAGGGCAUGCCAUGGGAAUUGCCUUGGGGGGCCUGGCUUUGGGAGUGCUGAUGGGAGCUCCUUUUGGAAGUGUGAUGUAUGUGUUUGUUGGGCGGUCUUCACCCUUCCUUAUAUUGGCCUUUCUGGCACUACUAAAUGGAGCACUCCAGCUGUGUAUCCUACAGCCUUCCAAAGUCUCUCCUGAGAGUGCCAAGGGGACUCCACUUCUUACACUUCUCAAAGACCCUUAUAUCCUGGUGGCUGCAGGCUCCCUCUGCUUUGCUAACAUGGGAGUGGCCAUGCUGGAGCCCACACUGCCCAUCUGGAUGAUGCAGACCAUGUGUUCCCCUGAGUGGCAGUUAGGUCUAGCUUUUUUGCCUGCCAGUGUGUCCUACCUCAUUGGCACCAACCUCUUUGGUGUGUUGGCAAACAAGAUGGGUCGGUGGCUCUGCUCCAUGAUUGGGAUGAUGGUUAUAGGUACCAGCUUGCUUUGUGUUCCUCUGGCUUAUAAUAUUUUUGGUCUCAUUGGCCCCAAUGCAGGACUUGGCUUUUCCAUAGGUAUGGUGGAUUCCUCUGUGAUGCCCAUCAUGGGACACCUGGUGGACCUGCGUCAUACCUCGGUGUAUGGGAGUGUCUAUGCCAUAGCUGAUGUAGCUUUUUGCAUGGGUUUUGCUAUAGGCCCAUCCACCGGGGGAGCCAUUGUGCAUGCCAUUGGCUUCCCCUGGCUUAUGGUCAUCAUUGGGGUCAUCAACAUCAUGUAUGCUCCUCUCUGUUACUACCUGAGAAGCCCCCCAGCCAAGGAGGAAAAGCUGGCAAUUCUGAGCCAGGACUGCCCCAUGGAGACCCGGAUAUGUGCAACUCAGAAGCCCACAAGGGAAUUUCCUCUGGGGGAAGACAGUGACAAGGAGCCUGGCAGUAAGCAGUAGCAGCAGAAAGUGGUCUCUGAGCCUUGUCACAUGUUGGAUCCAUGAGCCUUGGACUUCAGUGACCAAAGAGUGACCACCUCUUUCCCUAAUCAUGAGAUCUCUAUGGGCUGCUCAACAGGCUUUACUUCCCUCUCCCCUGGGUAUACCUCCCCCUACCCCCGACUUCCAUGAGUGCCAUUCCCCAGUUCUCUCCUUAUCAAUGUAACCCAUAGCUCUUCCUCUAAUGCUUUG